CUCUCUGAGCAAAGAGCGCUCUUCUCUGCAGUAAACAGGACAGGUGCCCGGGUUGUCACUUCUAAAACACAAAACAGACUAGAAGAUCAUUGCCUGGAUUAUCUAGAUUGGUAGAGAGAGAGAGAGAAUUCCUUUUUACAUCUGAAAUGCCAGACAGUGAGGAUCUGGGACAAGAUGAAAGCUGGAAAGUCAUCAAUUCCAGGCAAGACUACAGACCCAGGAUAAAUCAGUGCAUUUCAGAAACACUGAUGAAUUUAUUUGUAUUUCUUCAAGAAAUGUCGCACUUCAAGGAACAAAACCCUGGCAAGUUUUGCCUACUGGUCUGCAGUGUAUGUACGUUUUUCACUGUCUUGGGAAGUUACAUUCCUGGAGUUGUCCUCUCCUAUGUCCUGUUAUUGUGUGCCUUUUUAUGUCCCUUCCUUAAGUGCAAUGAAUUUGGACAGAAAGUAUGCAACAAAAUUAAGACUGUUCUGAUGAAACUAGAUUUUGGAAUAGUAGAAUAUAUCAACCAGAAGAAAAAAGAGAGAUCUGAAACAGCAAAAACAAAACCCACAGAAGAUGACAGUGAAUUAGACAUAUCAGCCCUGUGUCCUAAGGUUAGUCCUGCAGUUGUUGCCAAAGAGCUGUCAGUGUCUGACACAGAUGUAUCAGAAGUAUCUUGGACCGAUAACGGGACCUUUAACUUAUCCGAAGGGUAUUCUCCACAGACAGACACAUCUGAUGAUUUUGACCGACCUAGUGAUCAUGAAGAAGCUUUCGCUAGAGAUCUUUCAGAAUUUCCUUCUUUAGAAAAUGGUGCCGGAACAAACGAUGACGAUGACUCGAGUAUCGGUAUGCCCAUCCAGCAAAAACAAAAAAAAGAACAAACAUAUUUGAAGGUGGAUCACGCUCCCAGACAGAGUAAAGAGAGACCGUCCACUGCAGGGCUCUCCUUGCCUUUGACCAGUGACCAAACCUUUAAUUUAAUGAGUGGAAUUGCUGGGGAUGUCAUCGCAGCCGCGGUGUCUGCUGCCAUCAAAGACCAGUUGCAGUCCGCACAGCAAGCUCCCUCACAUGCAGUGCCCAGUUUGAGCGAGGAGACAGACACAGAGGAAGCCGAUGAUUUUGAACUGCUUGACCAGUCAGAGCUUGAGCAGAUUGAGAAAGAAUUGGGACUUUCACAAGGCCAAGAAGCAGAAGCACAGGAAAAGAAAAAGUCUUCAGGCUUCCUUUCAAAUCUGCUUGGAAGUCAAUAACCUAGAAAUUGCAGCUGGUAACAUA